GACUGUUACAUCCUCCUCUUCAAAUACACAGAAAAUCAUUAACUCUUUCAUGCAGUAACAUCAACUUCACGAAAUUAAUCCAUAGUUCUUUCAUAAUUCUUAAGUCACAAAAUUGCCAAACCAUUCGGUCUUGGAAGUUGUAAGCACAAAUUUAGUCAAGUUUUUUUGGCAGUCAAAAGGGUGACGCUCCAAGAAAGCUGUAGCCUUACUUAUUCUUGAUCCCACUUUCAUUAAGUGUCAACCAAACAUGACUCCACAAGCCUCUCUGUAUGGUUCCAACAUUUCAUCUCUCAUCUGUCCGUCAGCACCGAGAACCAGAGCCGUCCAGCACCGUCCUGCGACUCUAAUUCGAUGCAAAGUGGAGCCAUCUGAGAAGUCGGUUGAAAUAAUGAGGAAAUUCUCUGAGCAGUAUGCAAGAAAAUCUGAGACCUACUUUUGUGUGGACAAAGGUGUCACUGCAGUUGUUAUCAAGGGAUUGGCAGAUCAUAAACAUUCAUUGGGUGCACCUCUUUGUCCAUGCAGGCAUUAUGAUGAUAAAACUGCUGAAGUCCAACAGGGCUUUUGGAACUGUCCAUGUGUUCCUAUGAGAGAAAGGAAGGAGUGCCACUGCAUGCUCUUUCUCACUCCGGAUAAUGACUUUGCUGGCCAAGAUCAGACCAUUUCCUUGGAUGAAAUCAGGUUAUCAACAGAAAAUAUAUGAUGACUACUGAACUGAGAUCACUUGUUGAAAGAGUCAUCUCUUUUAUUUGGCCAGUGAAGGAGAAGAAGUCCUAGGAAGACCAAGUUCUCAAAUGAAAUUUUGGAAUCAACCAAGAGUAUGUGAUACCUAAUGUAUUGAGUUAAUUAUUGGCCAAAGAAGAAAGAUAAAACAAACAUUCCUCUAUCAUUUGUAUGUAUAUUUGUAUUUUACUUGUGUAUCACACUAUCUUUUUCUUUGUGCCCCUUUAGUCUGAGAUUUUCGGCCUUGAA